UUAUAUUAGGUGAUAAGUGCAUAUAAGUAACGCUUAUAUCAAAAGUAAACUAAUUAAUUAAAAUAUGUUAGGAAUAAAUGAGCAGGUAUAGGAGUUGGGUCAUUCUAGCAGAGUUACUCCUAUUAAAUAAACACACGUUUUCUCUAACUCAUACGUCUGUGCGCCUGCCUGAAGUUACUAUUACAACCACCAUACAUGUGAUCACAACACCUUAACAACCCCUAAACCACUAAUUAAUUCUUAUAUCUAACUAGGAGAUAUCCCUAUUUAACAUCUCGUCAUUAGUUAAACCCAAAAUCAGGUUAGUUUGAAGGAGUAAUGAAGAGAGUUAGCUAAGGUGUGAUGCCACUGGGUUCUGGCUACAGUGUGUAUGUGUGUGUUUGGAGGUUGGGUCGUAGGUGCUGCCUCCCAAUAGCGUGAAGCCCUUCGUGACGGCCACCACUACCACACCACCGCCGCCUCUCUACCACGACCACCACACUCACUCGAGCCUUAUCAUCUACCAUGGCCAACACCACCCUCAGAUUUGCCACAGUAAUCGUGCUGGUGAUCGUCCUAACUCUGAGCACGGCCGCCCGCACACAGCGCCGAGGCUACCACGACAAGACUAUCAGGAGGUACACCAACGAGAGAACCUGCUGGUGGAACGAAAUCUGCAAGGAGGAGUUUCAGAUGGAGUUCAGGUGUAGGUGUCCCCGCUGGUCCUCCUGCCGUUCCCCUGGCAAGUACUACAACGCCUACUGUAGUGUGAUGGCCUCAGGAUACAUCUGGACUCAGCCGAGGUUACCAGGAACAAACAACAGUAAAUACGGGAGUGUUUAAGGAACUCUGCUGCUACGGUAAAGGAAUACGGAAAUGAGAGGCUACUUGUGCCAUAUUGAGGCUUCCUGUGCAAUAUUGAGGCUUCCUGUGCAAUAUGGAGGCUUCCUGUGCCAUAUGGAGGCUUCCUGUGCCAUAUGGAGGUUUCCUAAGUCAUAUCGAGGCCUCCUAAGUCAUUUGAAGGCUUCUUAUAUUGUCUGAAGGCUUCAUAAUUCACACAGAGGCUUCGUGAGCACACUAAGCCUCCCUGCAUUUUAUAAAUUGGAUAUUUUUUUGGUCUAGGCUUCAUAAUCAAAAAGGAAUCCUCAGUUGUUUGUCCUCAAGGUUUCCUCAGCAUGUUGGAAACCCCUCUGGCAUGUCAAGGUACUGUCGACCAGUCCAGGUACGCUGUCAAGGUACUGUCAUACGAGGUCACUUACAGCCAUAAUUGUGGUGUGUGAGACAUACAAACGGGGUUAAGUGUACACCAUCCUUACUACCAUCACCACUACAACCACUACUACUGCUACCAUCACCACAACUACCAUCACCGCAACUACCACCACCACUAUUACCAUCACCACAACAACUAUCACCACAACAACCAUCACGACCACCACCACCACCACCACACUACUACCAACACCACUACUACAACUACCAUCAACACCACUACCACCAUCAUUGCUACUACUACUACUACCACUAUUACUACUACCACUACAGUUUACAGCUUAUCCCCUGUACACUAUUUCCCUUAACUGUAAACUUCGUAAUAACAUCAAAUCCCGUUUUAAUAUUAUUCAUAAAUGUCAUAAAUGUUCAGGUGUGCUAUUAAUUGAUCCAAGACAUUGUUAAAAUAAAACGUCAUUCAUAUUUAUCAUUCCAUUGAGAGUUUGAAUGGUGAUACGAUGUUGAGAACUGGUGAAAUACAACCACAGCAGUUCCGUCACUUCACUGUCUCUUUUGAUAGAUUUCGAUGAUCAUCUCCGAAUAUUAAAAGAAAAAAAAUGUCUAUAAUAUUUUUGUUUUCUGUAUUAUCUUACUGGUGUUUAUAUGUUAAAGGUGUUAUUGUAUUAUUGUAUGAGUCUUCCUGUUUGAGCUACGUUCUCUAAUCUAAUUGGUUAAAUAUUUACUUUACGUUCUCAAGGUUAACCAAUCAGCGAUGUCUUAUUCCACAGCAGGAUUUACAAUAUAAUGGAAUUCUAUUUAUUGAUCAAUUUAUAUAUAUAAUUAUGUAUAUUCUAUACUUCUGAUCAGAAUUAAGUUUUAUAAAAUAAAUCUUUAAUGUUAUAUGACA